AUGUCCGAUAAGAGUGCAAGUGACAACUGUAGGCUUUGUGGAGUUUCCUUCAAAAUUCAGUUCGGAAAUCUCCCCAAGCAAAGGCACUCUUCAUCAGAAAAUAUUUUCAAACCUUCGAAACGGAAGGAGUGUUUUGUAGUUGUUUUGAGCGAAAUUUUUCGUCAAGUUGGAUUUCCCUUGGUGCAAGAUAGCUCGAGAUUUUCAGAUCGUGUUUGCAACCCAUGUGGCCGUAAGAUUCGAAAUUUAGGCCAAUUGUACCACUUUGUCAAGAAAGCGACUGCAACGAAGUCUACUCCAGUGAAAACUAGCAAAAGAAACCUUGACACGCCAGAUAAAGCUAUUCCACUGUAG